AUGAUUUCGGAAGCUUUGAAAAUGCAAGUUUAUGAGCAUAUUGAGAGCUUUUCCAAACAAAUAUGCAUUAUUUUCAAACAAGAAGUAGUAGCCAGUAGCCAAUAUUUGCCCCCCGAUUUAUACCUACAAAAAUUCGAACCAGAAACCUACAAACUAAAACAAGAGAAACUACCGUUUAAAGCUAAAAUUUGCUAUGAUUCUUAUGGUCGUUUGUUUCAUGAAAAUUUCAAUAUUAACUUUGGCUGUCCAAGGAAAGACACCUACAAGAAAUGUGACAUAUUAGAAAACAAGAUGCUCGGAGCGGAAUCAGAAGAAGAGAAGAAAAGUUUCGGAACGCAAAGAAAGGCGCAAACGAUGUUUUAA